UUUUUUUUGUCAUAAAUCCGGCAAGAAGUAAAAAAAAGAGAAGAGGCGUAAAACUCUCUCUCUUCUUCUUCUUCUCCCUCACUCUUCACGAAAAAUGGAGACUUUAACACUCUUCAUCACCGGCGCUCUCGUCGCCGUCGGUAUCUACUGGUUCCUCUGCGUCCUCGGUCCAGCAGAGCGUAAAGGCAAACGAGCAGUAGAUCUCUCCGGCGGCUCAAUCUCCGCCGAGAAAGUCCAAGACAACUACAAACAAUACUGGUCUUUCUUCCGCCGUCCUAAAGAAAUCGAAACCGCCGAGAAAGUUCCAGACUUCGUCGACACGUUUUACAACCUCGUCACCGACAUCUACGAGUGGGGAUGGGGACAGUCCUUCCACUUCUCUCCUUCCAUCCAUGGCAAAUCUCACAGAGACGCCACGCGCCUCCACGAAGAGAUGGCCGUAGAUCUGAUCCAAGUCAAACCCGGUCAAAAGAUCCUGGACGUCGGAUGCGGCGUCGGCGGUCCGAUGCGAGCGAUUGCAUCUCACUCGCGGGCCAACGUGGUUGGGAUCACGAUUAACGAGUACCAGGUGAACAGGGCUCGUCUCCACAACAAGAAAGCUGGGCUCGACGCGCUUUGCGAGGUCGUGUGCGGCAACUUCCUCCAGAUGCCGUUCGAUGACAACACUUUCGACGGCGCGUACUCCAUCGAAGCCACGUGUCACGCGCCGAAGCUCGAGGAAGUGUACGCCGAGAUCUACAGGGUGUUGAAGCCCGGAUCUAUGUACGUGUCAUACGAGUGGGUCACGACGGAGAAGUUUAAGGCGGAGGAUGAUGAACACGUGGAGGUGAUCCAAGGGAUUGAAAGAGGUGACGCGUUGCCUGGGCUUAGGGCUUACGUGGACAUAGCUGAGACGGCUGAAAAGGUUGGGUUUGAGAUAGUGAAGGAGAAGGAUCUGGCUGCUCCACCGGCUCAGCCGUGGUGGACUAGGCUUAAGAUGGGUAGGCUUGCUUACUGGAGGAACCACAUUGUGGUUCAGAUAUUGUCAGCUGUAGGAGUUGCGCCUAAAGGAACUGUUGAUGUUCAUGAGAUGUUGUUUAAGACUGCUGAUUUUUUGACCAGAGGAGGCGAAACCGGAAUAUUCUCUCCGAUGCAUAUGAUUCUCUGCAGAAAACCGGAAUCUUCAUCGCCGCCGCCACCGGAGGAGAGUUCUUGAAAAUUAUUACAAAAAAAAAAGGUAGAAAAAGAUCUUUCGCCGUAUGGGGAGAAUUGUCUCAUUUUGUUUUUUUUACUUUCUUAAUUUUUAUUUUUAAGUUAAUUCAACUUGGUUAAUGUACUCUUUUUUGUGUUUAAUUUUAAAUUUGGUUUGUGUUUUGAGAAUUUUUAGUUUUUUUUUUGCUUAUAAGAACAAUCGUAGGUUUACUA